AUGAAGCUGCACUGUCUUGAAACUGUGACCUCCACAGUUUCACUGUGUGACAGCAAGAGAGGGAUGGAGGAGGUACACUGGCUCCUAACCGCUUGGGCCAUGCUGAAUGUGCAGGCUGCCAUCCCCAUCAUCAUGGGGGCCAACAUUGGGACCUCCAUCACCAACACCAUUGUGGCGCUCAUACAGGCAGGAGACCGGAGUGAGUUCAGAAGGGCCUUUGCAGGGGCCACCGUCCAUGACUUCUUCAACUGGCUGUCUGUGUUGGUGCUCCUGCCUCUGGAGGCUGCCACCCAUUACCUGGAGCGCCUGACCAACCUGGUAGUGGAGACCUUCAACUUCAAGAAUGGAGAGGAUGCCCCGGAGCUUCUGAAAGUUAUCACAGAUCCCUUCACGAAGCUCAUUAUCCAGCUGGAUAAAAAAGUUAUCAACCAAAUUGCAAUGAAUGAUGAAACAGCCAAAAACAAGAGUAUGAUCAAGAUUUGGUGUAAAACCUUUACCAGCGUGACUGAGAGGAAUGUCACCGUCCCCUCGCCUGACAACUGCACCUCUCCUUCCCUCUGUUGGACGGAUGGUUUGCACACCUGGACCAUCAAGAACGUGACCCACCAGGAGAACAUUGCCAAGUGCCAGCACAUCUUCGUGAAUUUCAACCUCCCCGACGUUGUUGUGGGCACCAUUCUGCUGGUAGUUUCCCUGCUGGUCCUCUGUAGCUGCCUGAUCCUAAUUGUCAAGCUCUUGGGCUCUGUGCUCAGGGGGCAGGUAGCUGUUGUCAUCAAGAAGACCAUCAACACUGAUUUCCCUUUCCCCUUUGCCUGGGUGACUGGCUACCUGGCCAUCCUUGUGGGGGCGGGGAUGACCUUCAUCGUUCAGAGCAGCUCUGUGUUCACGUCUGCUAUGACCCCUCUGAUCGGUAUAGGUGUGAUAUCCAUUGAGAGGGCGUAUCCACUCACGCUGGGCGCCAACAUCGGUACCACCACCACCGCCAUCUUGGCCGCCUUAGCUAGCCCAGGCAGUACUUUGAAGAGCUCGCUCCAGAUUGCCCUGUGCCACUUUUUCUUCAACAUCUCAGGCAUCUUGCUGUGGUACCCAAUCCCGUUCACCCGCCUGCCCAUCCGCCUGGCCAAGGGGCUGGGCAGCAUCUCAGCUAAGUACCGCUGGUUUGCCGUCUUCUACCUGGUCAUCUUCUUCUUCCUGAUCCCUCUGGCAGUGUUUGGCCUCUCGCUGGUCGGCUGGCCAGUGCUGGUGGGUGUGGGAGCGCCCAUCAUCUCUGUGGUCUUCCUGGUGGUGGCCCUCAGGCUCCUGCAGUCCUACUGCCCGUGCAUCCUGCCCCACAAGCUCCAGAACUGGAACUUCCUGCCGCUGUGGAUGCACUCGCUGAAGCCCUGGGACAAGCUCAUCACCACGCUCACCAGCUGCUGCCAGAGGCUCUGCUGCCGUACCUGCUGUCUGCUGUGUGGCUGCCCCAAGUGCUGCCGCUGCAGCAGGUGCUGUCGCUGCAGCAAGUGCUGUGAAGACCUGCAGGAGGUGCAGGACGUCCCCGUUAAGUCCCCCGAGGCUUUUGCUAACAUGGCCAUGGACAAAGAGGCCCAGGACGGGGUCCCCAAGUCCGAGGUGGAUGCCUCGGGCACCAAAACCACUGCCAGCAUCACAGCCUUGUAGGUAGGAGCUGCCUGGAGGCGGGAGGAGGGCCCUACCGCCCACAGGGCUCCCGCUCCCUCCUGGUUCUCCCUCCACCUCGGGAGGAUUUGUUCCCCGUUGAGAAAUGACAUCCGUCCCGACUCUCGUUCCCUGGCCCAGCGUAUCAGCCCGCACAGUAGUUUCACCUCAGCCCCAUGUUCCCUGGGUCUUCCAGGCCCAGGAAGGUGCAGAAGAACCCUGAAAGAGAAUUAGAUAGUGAAACCUGGCCAGAGAGGUGAUCACACCUGCUGCCACACACAGCUGGGUUGGUCAGUAGGACAUUUUUUCAGACCAUUCCCUUGCAAAGGAAAAGCCCCAAGGGAGGAAUUUAUGGCAGGUUCUUUGUCAAAGGUGCAUAUACACGUUCACUUUUCUUUAUUAUGAUCCAGCUCAGACUUCU